AUGACUCGUCCGAUUUACGAGCUUCUUACUAAAGGCAAAAAGGUGCUUAUCAAUGGCAGGCACGUCUCAUACCAGGUUAUAACGUCGUUGAAGAAAAAUGUGUUUCAAGCUGUGACUGUUGGAAAUAACAAACCAGUGAUGAUAAAGACAGAAAGCUCUGUUCCUGGGGUAUAUGAUAUGGAAAGGAAUUGCUAUGAGUUCCUCUGUAUCAAAAGUUCACCAUACAUACGUGCCAUCUAUGAGGUGAUCGACAACGACAUAGACAGAUGCAUGGUGUUUGAAUGGAUGGAUACAGACCUAUGGACGUUAAGGCCACGAGCGCAAGAGCUUUGCCGGCCGUUUCUCAAGGCCACGGCCAAGCCUAUUCUUAAAGUUAUCAAGGCAUUCUCGGACAUGGACGGACAGGAUGCAGUAGUGAAUACAGGUAUCAAUCCAAACAAUAUUCUUGUCUCCAACGUAGAUUCACCUCAACCGUUAGUCAAGCUAUCAGAUCUUGGGGCGGAUAUACGGGGUUUGAUAAAGCUGCUCACCAGUACUAGUAAUUCCUUCCAAGGGGUUCGGUGGGUGGCGGCUUCAGGGUUUGGCCAUUCGGGCGCCAGAGACAUAGAAAAGGGCUUUACCCGCACCGCCAUGCGAUGUCUGGUCCACUGGCGUUACCCACAUUUCUCUGCCGCCAGAGCCUUAUUUGGGCCUGGAGACCAAGAUUCUCACGCCAAAGCCCUCUCAAAAGGGGUUAAUCAGGCUGCUUGGUCUAUCGCCAAAAUAACCCAGCUUGUCGGCCCUUUGCAAGGGAUGAGAAUCCCAGCUGAUGUAUUUGUUCAGAGACGUAUAAUCGAAAUAGGGUCUCUGAGAGAGGAGCUUAUCAAAGUCAAUGUGCCUACUGAUUAUAUCGACUUUAUCCAAUACCUCCUGACUGUUGACCACAGGGAACGACCAACAGCAGAAGAAGCGCUACAACACCCAUGGCUUCAGGGAUAG